CACCACAUGAAAUACCACAUGCUGACUAAACAUGGAAUAGGACAAAAACUUACGUGUCCAAUUUGCCCACACACAUGCGCAAACAACUCCAUGCUUAACCGCCACAUGAAAAGCCACUCAGAAGUGAGGUCUCACUCUUGCCUGACAUGUGGAGCCUCGUACAAAUUUUUGUACAAAUUGAAACAACAUCUCACAAAGCAU